AUGAAACAGCUGUACGACACAACUAAGAAACUGUCUGGGAAGUACAGCAAGCCAGAACAACCCGUCAAGGACAAGGAGGGAAAGGUUAUCACAUUACUAAUGCAGCAGAUGAAUACAUGGUCUGAACACUUUGAGGAGUUCCUGAAUAGACCAGCACCACCAAAUCCACCAGACAUCAACCCAGCCAACAAAGAUCUCCCCAUCAACUGCGGCAAGCUGACUAGAGAAGAGUUAAGGAAGUCCAUCACCCUGAUGAAGAAUGGGAAGGCAGCUCGACCUGAUGACAUACCGGCAGAGGCCCUAAAAAGCAGACCUGAAAUCAUCAGUGGAGAUGCUGUACUCACUCUUCGAGAAGAUCUGGGAGGAAGAAGAGAUACCGACUGA